CAAAAAAGGAAUCCAAGUGUUUUCUUAAACAAAGUAUUUUUCCUAUGUUUUCUUAUCUCUUUCCUCUUUCUCUUUCUCUCUCUCAAACCAUUGGUGACUUUGAAUCUGGGUUUUUGCAAAGUGUCAGUUCCAAAUAUUAAAAGCAAAUACUCACAACUCUAGUCUUGUCAAACCCUUCAACAACAACAAAAAAAAAUCAAAAAAUCAAAAAAAGGGGGAAAGAAAAAGAUUAAAUUUUUUUUUUGGGGUUUAGGAAAAUGACUCGGCAGAAAAUAGAGAUAAAGAAAAUAGAUAACAUAACAGCAAGACAAGUAACAUUUUCAAAGAGAAGAAGAGGGCUUUUCAAGAAAGCUCAAGAACUUUCCACUCUAUGCGAUGCUCAACUUGCUCUCAUUGUUUUUUCUUCCACUGGUAAACUCUAUGAAUAUUCCAGCUCAAGUAUGCAGCAAGUGAUUAAACGACAUAGUUUGCAAUCAGAUCAUUAUCCUGAAAAGUCGAGGCAACCAUCUUUUGAUGAGCUUCAGAAAAAGAGACACGCCCUGUUGACUAGGGAAAUUGCAGAGAAGACAAUGGAAAUAAGGCAUUUGAAGGGUGAAAAACUGGAAAACCUAAGCCUUGAAGAGUUAAAGAGACUAGAGAAAAUGAUUGAGACAGGCUUGGAACGUGUUAUAGAAACUAAGGAUAAUAAGUUUAUUCAUGAAAUUGAUUCUCUUAAGAGGAAGGGAGUUCUGCUUUCUGAAGAAAACAAGCAUUUGCAACAGCAGAUGGCAGGUACAAGUGGUGUAGUUCCAAUAAUAGAUGUAGAAAUAUUAGAACAAGGGGAAUCAUGUGAAUCAAUCACUGCUAUUUCCAAUCCUGAAGAUCUUGAUAGCUCCGACACUACUCUUAAAUUGGGCUUACCAUUCCCUGAGUCAAGCUGAGAUGCAUGUGUGUGAAGAGUUUAAAGUGGCUACGUUUGAUUCAGUACAUAAAUUAGAGAGAGAGAGAGAGAGAGAGAGAGAGAGAGAGAGAGAGAGAGAGAGAGAGAGAGAGAGAGAGAGAGAGAGAGAGAGAGAGAGACUAUUUUUUUAUCAAUUAAGUUAUAAAAUUGUGGGAAGGUUAUUAAAACUGUUUUAGUAGUACUUAUUAUUGAUUAUUAGUAGUAUUAGUUUCUAGAGAGAACAUUAUCAUAACAACUUUAUAUAUAUAUAUACACUAAUACUCUCUUAUAUAUUAAUUAUUCGUUUACAUAUAAUUUUCUAGGUCUGUACAAAAACUCUACAACGAACCUAGGUAAAAGAUCAUCAUGUAAUAAUAUGAUGAUCAUGAACCUUAUUGUUUGCAAUAAAUAAUUUAUUAUUAGUUUAUUGAUCAUA